GAAAAGACAACUCGGAAAUGGCCUAUUGACCCGAACAUCCUUAAAAACUGAAAGCGGUGUAUAAUGGAAAUAGUAAGAAAUAUCAACACAAAAUACAAUAAUGUUUAGCCGGAAGAUUGCGGUAGAUCUUGUAGUUUGCAUAAGUGAAUUUUUAAUUCUCAAAACCGCACUUGUUUACAGUUACAUGAUGGGCAUGGUGACCAGCAGUUAUGACGUAGCAGCCAUGAUCGUAACUCCGCUGAUAAGCUACCUCGGAGGCUCACGAAAGAAGCCAGCGUUCUGUGCCUGGGGUGUGUUCACAAUGGGUGUGGGUUUCUUUAUUUUCAUGCUGCCUCAUUUUGUCUCGUCUCCUUACGAAGCAGGUGUCGUCACAAAUGCCACUUUGAGUGGAAGUGACUCAGGACUUUGCAUGGCAAAUCGCACUGAUUUUGGCGGGAAAAGUGAUUGCAAAGAAGAAACCACCGGCGGUAGUACUCUUUACUACGCGCUGUUCAUUCUGGGAAUGGUUGUAGCAGGAGGUGGCUGUACUCCGAUGAUCGCUUUGGGAAUUCCAUAUUUGGAUGAAAACGUCAGCGCCAAUGUGUCACCAAUGUACGUGGGUAUAUUUCUCGCUUGUGGAAUUUUAGGUGAGUUUAGUUGUCAUGUCAGUUGGUUCAGAUAUUGUUUCCUGGUAAUUGUUUCAGGUGCCACUGUUGGAUUCGUGUGUGUCUCAAAGUUUCUUUCAAUGUUUGUGGAACUUGGUGUCCAGACCUCGUUGACAAUCCACGAUACACGUUGGGUUGGGAACUGGUGGCUAGGGUUUGCCAUAUUUGGUGCGAUCUGUGUGUUUUGGAGCAUUUGGCUGUUAGGAUUCCCAAAGGAAUUUCCUUCGACCAAGAAGCAGCGGGAAACAGAGCUCUGUGAAUCUCUAGCCACAGCCAAACUGCCCAAUGAAGAAGACGUGGAAGAGGGAUACGUAACCGCUGGCUACACCAAGCUCAAAGAUCUUCCCAAGGCAACAAAAGAAUUGUUUUCGCACCUUCCAUUUGUCUUCAUUACAUUGGGUGUCUGCUUUGAACACUUUUACAUCUCAGCUUCAGUGGCUUUCAUGCCAAAGGUUAUUGAAAAGCAGUUUUAUCUACCGGCUGGGAAAGCAGCCUUUUUGUACGGCGUGAUAGCACUAACGUGUGCAUUCUUUGGCGACUUGACUGGGGCAUAUAUCGUCAAACGCCAAAAAUUAAGCUUGAUUGGUGCUGCCAGGAUGUGUUUAGUUGUAACUGUAAUUGGACUUGCAAGUGCCUGUGUUCUGUACAUCAAAUGCGACACUCCAAAUAUUGCUGGUGUUAAUAAACAACAUCUGAACAGCUCGGGUCCAGUCCAACUCUCUUCACCAUGUAACCACGCCUGUAACUGUUCUGGAGUAAAUUAUGCUCCUGUGUGCGGUGGGUCGCUGACCUAUUUUUCGCCCUGUCAUGCUGGCUGUAAUGAGGGAGACAAAUCAAACGAGGGUUCCUUUUCCUACUCCAACUGCGCCUGCGUCCCUAAAACUGGUAAAACAUCAGGAGAAGCGAAGAAAGGCAUCUGCGCUGUUGACUGCGGGCUCAACCGCCUGAUCUUUUUGACGAUUCUCGGUUUAUUGCCUUUCAUGACUUUUCUGAAUGGCACUCCAGGGUAUAUAGUCACCUUGAGGUUUGUAAUGACAUAUCAUUACAAAUUAAAAACGAAAAAACUUGAAAGGCGAAAUUUGAUCAAACACCUUUUUGCUUACUUUAGGAGUGUCCCACCCGCUCAGCGGUCCUACGGGUUAGGUAUCCAGAUGGAUCUUAUCAGAAUUCUGGGAGCUAUUCCAGGACCUAUUGUGUUUGGCGCUUUACUGGAUAAGACAUGCAUUCUUUGGAACACAAAGUGCGGUAGAAGAGGCCAUUGUCUGGAGUACGACCAUGAUGGACUGGCGCAAGUGGUGGUGGGAGUUUUCGUCACGUGUAAGUUCAUCACCUUGGUAUGUUUCUUUCUGUCGUGGUUCUUUUGCAGACGACUUCAAGCCACAGAAAAGAUGAAAGAUGUUAACAGGGAAGAUGUUAAAGAGGAAGGAGAAGGAGAACGUGAAGGAGAAGAAGGAGCUGGAGCCAGUGAGAGAGAAUUACUCCAAGCGGAGACAGUGAUGUGAUAAGGGAGGUGCCUUCAAGUUACAAUUGAAAAUGAACUAUAUGUGUACACGAGCAAUUUUUUGGCUUCAUUAGUAAAUAGCAGAGUGAGAUUAGCGGGACUAACAUGAAUCAGGGCGUCAGCGAUGCCUCGAAAGUUCUGCCAACUUACUCCAGGGUUUUAUCGUAAGUUAUGCGAAAACGUAGCAGUAGUCUUAUCAGUUCCCGCUAUAAGAUUGGUAAAAUAAUUUGAAAUGUGACGUAGCAUUUUAUCAAGUUAAAACAAAGGAAAUGAUAACCGUGAUGGUUUGGAUUCCUGAUCUUAAGUAGGAUAGAUGUAAAGUGUACUUUUUUCUAUUUUAUCCUGGGUUUUAGUCUCGAUUAAGUAUUUACAUAUACUUGAGACAACAUGUCAUCACAUUUUCAACACCUCGAAGUCUUUCAAGCACACUCCGAUACGCUUUGUAUUUUCAACUGUCUUCUCGGUGUUGGAAAUGUGCUAAAAUGGUCUCACGUGUUUGAUUUAUUACCUCAAUUUUGAAAUACAUAUGUAGUCGCAGUCGCAGUCACGAAUGGAAACCAGAAAAAGUCCAAUCUGUUCACAAGUACAAUUAAUCCGUAAUUUUUUGGAGAAAAAAGACCGAUUUACCAUUAAUGUAAAUCACGGCAAGAUUCUAUCAGAGAAAGUGACGUUCGGUUGAUUUUUUUCGUGUUUCUUUUCGGGGUGAUUUUUCUCUCGCACCAUGGCGGUGUCCAAUCAGAAAGUUCUAGCUACUUUGGCCACCGCUCACAUACAUAAAGUUUAUUUCUUUACGGCUCGGCUUCAUAUUUCUUAAUACCUCACUAUGUUCAUUACUUUACCAUAUAAAAUGUGUGUAAAUUCCCUUUAUGGUGUAAAUAUAAAACUGACCUGAAUUUAAUUGAAUUGAAUUGUUUUGUUUACUGCUGCUUCUUCAUAAAUAGCUUUAUGUUUGGCUGAAACAGCAA